AAAAAAAAAAAAGCAAAUCGCCUAAAAAGAAAGCAUUCCUAAUUUCCUUUUCUUUUUUUGUUAAACAAUCAAUUUUAUUAUUAUUUUCCACCAAUCGCAUCAUCAAAUUCAACAAAACUACCUACAAUGGGUCCAAAUCAUAUUGUGAUGAACGUCGAUAGCGCUUUUUUCUACGCACCAAAUCUUUCAGGCGCCUACGAUACAGUUCCAGAGUCGCCCGAUAACAAGGUUUUGCAGGUGCAAAUUCCUAACUAUCAGAUGAUAAAUUCAUCUAUCGUUGAGUCUAUGCCAGAUAACGAUAUCAUGUCGUCUCUUGCUCUUACGAACGGAAUGACCGAACAAAAAUUUCAGCAGUGGUUAUUAAACGGUUCUUUAACUACAACUCCUGUAAUGCAACAAAUAUCAAAUCCACUUGAUGAUUCUUUUAUGAUGGAUGAAGCUCUAUUUGAUCCUUCUGAUGUUAUGCUAGGCAGCCCGACAGAAGAUAAAAUGUCGCCUUCUUGUUUAGACUCCCCAGUAAACUCGAAUUUUGGCGAGAGCGAAAGUCCUGAGAUGAUGAGUGGUACUUUUGAUGACAACAUCCUUUUAGAUGAAUUACAUAAUUCUUUGGAUUUCUUUGCUGACGGUUUUCCUACCUUAGCUGAGGCUAACGCUUUAGCUAUGGUUUCACCUAUACAAUGUCAUCCAACUUCAUCUCGAAAUAAUAGGAAAAAUAAACAGAAAGAUGAAAUUGAAACUUAUAUCAAGCUUGAACCCGAUAAUGAACAACAAAAUUCACAUUCUUCUAGCAGUGAUACUUCACGCCAUGAAUCAGACUCAUCACCUAUUAAUUCAACAUCGUCUCAUACUUCACCUUUAUCUUCACCACCACUUUCACCUAUUCAACAGUCAAAUACAUCAUCAUCAUCAGUAACAACAACAGUCGUCGCUCCCUCAGCUGUUAAUCCUCCACCUCCAUCUCAAAAAUCAAAAUCAACUACGACUAAGAAACACACUAGUUCAAAACCACCUCGUAAUCUUGAAUGUUAUAAUUGUGGUGUUAACAAGACCCCCCUUUGGCGUCGAACUCCUGAUAGAAUGCAUUCUUUAUGCAAUGCGUGUGGUUUAUAUUAUAAACAAUAUAAUACUCACCGUCCUUUGCAUAUCAGAAAUAAACCAAGUUCUAAUACCGCAACCGAAGCACCUAUCCGUUGUGUUAACUGUGCUCAAACUCAAACACCAUUAUGGAGAAAGAACGAGAAAGGUCAACCAAUUUGUAAUGCUUGUGGCUUAUAUGCUAAACUACAUAACCGGGAUCGACCUGUAGCUAUGCGAAAGGCUAAAAUUCAACGUCGUCGUCGUGAUUGGGGUGCUGCAAAUGGAAAUCCAAAUGGUAGCCUUGAUGGCUCAGGAUCAGAAUCUUUGGACUCAAAUCCACAAAGUCCGACUACACCUCAACAUCUUACAAUUCAAACCCUUUUACCAGGUCAACGACCAAUUAUGCCUUUAAUGAUCCCUCAAUCACAACUUGUUUCUUCACCUGUCUCAAUGGUGCCGCAAGCUACCAUUCAUCAACAGCAAACUUAUACAACAACUGUUCCUUAUAUGCCACCACAAUUCGAUUUUGAUGAUUCUCGAUUCAAGGCAUUGGUUGGAAAAAUGUCACGAAAACAAGUUGAAGGUUUUCUUGGGGUUUUGGAACGAAGGUGUGAUAUCUUGAAACAGGUUUUGUCUGAAGAUCAUGAAUGUUGAAUUAUAAUAAUAAUAAAAGGAGUUAUUGUGACGGUGUUUGAAUUUAGAAAAAUUAAGAAUAAUAAUAAUAAAAAG